CUUUUGUCUAAUUCCAAUAGAGGGUCUAUGGUCGACACUUCCCGACACCCCCUUCAGAACCCUGGUGAAAACAUUCCACUAUGUGUCAGCAGAGUAUCUCCUCCGUAUGGUGGCAGAGGAGCAUUAUGCUGCUGAAAAACAAUUUGAAGGGACUGUAAAGGUUAUGGAGAGGCUGUAUGAGAAGCACCUUUGACAGUGAUUACAGCUGUGAGUCUUUCUGGGUCAAUUGCAACAGACGCAUCAAAAUUGCGGCAAGCAAUUUCCACAUCAACAGAGCCAAUUAUAUGCUUCGGAAUAUGCUCAACACACUUGUAUAUUGUGACUACCUAAAUCUUCCCGAGGAUUACUUUGAUACAUUUCACCGACAAUCCUGCAUCUUCAACACAGAGGCUAAAUGUAUAGUUUAUCAACUGGAACUCAAUUACAGCUUUGCCAUCCAUGGACUUUUAGCCUUUUGCGUCCCUACAAUACAUGUGAGGAGAGAGAGAGCCCUGGAAGAUGCUUUCAGGCACCUUCGACAAAGUGGGCACGACUUCCCAAUGCCUUUGAAGGUGAAGUUUCAAGCAGAGGAUGGUGUGGAUGAAGGUGGUGUUUCACUGGAAUUCUUCAGCCUCCUGGGGAGGGAACUUCUCACAAUGGAAUCAAAGACACUGGAGGUUUACGAGGACUCUGGACUUGCGUGGUUCACAACAUCUGGCGGUGAUGAAUUCUACUUACUUGGGCUACUCUGUGGGAAGGCACUCUAUAAUCAGUGUGUUCUGAACCUCUGCUUCCCUCUGGUUCUCUUCAAGAAGCUUCUGGGUCUGACUACAACAUUGGAUGACCUUAAAGAGCUGUCUCCAACUGAAGCACGUGGCUUGCAGGAUGUGUUGGCUGAAGAUGAGGAGUCUGUUGAAGUAAUGGAUUUGGUUUUCAUGUACAAAGGGCAAGAACUGAUACCAAAUGGAGAGGAGGUCCCAGUUACCAUGGUCAACAGGAAGAAAUAUGUUGACUUGUACGUUGACAUGAAGCUCAACAAGUCGGUGCAGAUUCAGUUUGCAGCCUUUGAGAGCGGCUUCUACAAAGGCUUCCCUAUACAGGCAUGGAGGAUGUUUCUACCCGAGGAGCUGAUGACACUUCUACAAGGAGAUGACAACUACGAGUGGGACAAGUUGAGAGAGAAUGCCAACUAUCAAGGAUAUAGGCCCACAGAUGACAUCAUCCAGAACUUCUGGAGGGUUUUCACAGAGUUCUCAGAGGAGGAAAAGAAGAAGUUCUUAACUUUUCUGACUGGAACGGACAGACUGCCCAGAGGACGAAGUCUCUCCAAACUGCAGAUGCAAAUCACGUUUUUGGACUGUACUGACCCUGAUGAAUAUUAUCCGAAAGCACAAACCUGCUCUGCGACGUUAUGCCUCCCUAACUACAGCAGUAUCGACACACUACAGGAGAAGCUUCUCCAUGCUAUCACCCACUGUGAUGUGUUUGGAGAUUUUUGAAAUUGUUAAACUGGGAAGCAUGUAGCAUUUUUUAAAAUUAUUUUAUCCUCACCAGUCAUUAUUAUUAUUAUUAUUAUAUUCAUGUUUUAUGUCAAUGAAACACAUUCAGAGCUAACAACUGAACAUCUUCAAACAUAUUAAGUAGUCUUAAAUAUAGUUUUCCUAUUUAAAUUACUUCAGUAUUGCACAAUGUGGACCAAUAUAAAUAUGUAUUUCUUGACAUGUUCUACUCAUGUUUCCUUCAUGCACUGGGAUAACUGGAUACUUGGAGACCUCUGCUGUUUGAAUAUCUAAACGACGUGCCGUCUUUGUUAAUAAAAAUGUUUAACUGCGAAUGAGUACCAUAGUAAAAAGAGCCACUGUUAAUAAAGAUUUGUUGUGGAAGUUCUA